UUUACUGGCGAGCAGUCGGAUGCGUUACGGCAUUGUCGUAAAACGCCACUGCGCGGUGUUGCAAUGGCCUUUGCUGCGACAGCACUUUGCGGCAGCGGAGAGAGCUCGAGGAGAAAGCAGCCACUACUAACGUCGCCACUUGCAACACCUCAGCCCCGAUAAUCCAAGGAUUUACGCCACAUUCGGCGAACCGACACCUUCGUCGCCGUCGUAUAUCCCCUCGCCUUUUGGAUGAGAUUGCGUCUAACGUUUCCUAAGCGCGAUUCGCCACCUUGAUGCGGCGGGAUGGCCACAGUGCCGCCUGGGCCUAGUGGCGCACUGCCCGCAUCCCCGGCUGAAAGUCCACCUUUCCCUGGGCCAAGGAGCGCGGAGUCGGGGUACGACGACGGAGGGGAGGAGGACGUCGUGUCCGGCGGUGCGAGUAAGGCGAGGGCGCCGGCUGUCUGCGAAGUCAAGCAGUCGAUCAAGAAGAAGCAGACAAACAUGCUAGCUCGACCUAGCCAGCCGGCGCUACACCUCCAAGCCGGGGAGCAGCAGCAGCUCAACGGCUUGGCGAGUCCCCUCCAGGACCCCGACGACCACCCUUUCCUUUCGAGCCAGACUGGCAAUCCGAGACCGACCGUGGACAACUGUGACAGCGACGGAAACGACGUGGAGCACUGCCAACGUGAAGGCCCCCUCUCCAAAAACGGCAGCCUCUCGCCGCUGGCUAGCAGCAGCAGCAUGAACGGGAUGCCGGACAAGACAAGAACUCUGGCGGUUCGCAGCCUUCCCGGCCGCGGAGGGGACGGCGACGACUCGGACCGCAACGCGUCCGGGCCCGUAGACCCGGACACGGAGGAGCCUCAGCCGCCCACAGCCGAGCUGGCCCGGCUGGAUCUGAGCGGCUCGGAGGAGAGCCACGACAUUUGUUAUGUGCGCUACGAGUCCGAGCUGCAGAUGCCGUGGAUCAUGAGACUGAUCACCAAGGACUUGUCUGAGCCUUAUUCCAUUUACACGUACAGGUACUUCAUCCACAACUGGCCGCAGCUCUGUUUCCUGGCCAUGGUGGAGCAGGAGUGCGUCGGCGCCAUCGUAUGUAAGCUCGACUUGCACAAGAAGAUGUUCCGGCGCGGCUACAUCGCCAUGCUGGCCGUCGACUCCAAACACAGAAGGAAAAGCAUCGGUACUAAUCUGGUGAAGAAGGCCAUCUACGCCAUGGUGGAGGGCGACUGUGACGAGGUGGUUUUGGAGACUGAGAUCACAAACAAAUCGGCCCUGAAGCUCUACGAGAACCUAGGCUUUGUGAGGGACAAGCGGCUCUUCAGAUACUACCUGAACGGCGUGGAUGCGCUGCGGCUCAAACUGUGGCUCCGCUGAAAGGGGGGCAGGCCGGGAGACCUGGGGGAGUGGGAGUGGGGUCAGACGAACAGACGGGAUGUACUGUUCACCUCUUCACACACACACACACACACACACAAACACACACACUCAACCUUGAACACGUUUCCAAACAGACACCCCCACCCCUCCUCCUCUGUCACCUCCUUGUAAAGGAGCAGAUAGUGGGGAGGAGGCGCUCUCUGGGACAUUUUGGGGUUUUUUUUACCUUCAAAGACGGGAGGAAAAGGAGGACGAGAAGCGGGGACGUCGAGCAACGCCGUCCUGGACGGACGCUCGGAACAAACUUGAAAAGAAAAAAAAAGCAGCAAGACGCAGAAACUCAUUGGUGGAGUUUAUUUUUGUGUUUCUUUUUUUUUUUUCUUUUUUAAACCAUGGAGGGUUACCGACUGACUGCGUGCACGACUGUUGCGUGUCCUAAAUGUGUCCACAUGGCAGCGCUGUGUCUUCUCAAGGACUUCAAGCCUGUAAAGCUGCGCAUGCCUUUAUUUUCUAGCGUGUGUGCGUGUGUGCAGAUGACAACCAGUGUGGACGCCUUCAUCACUCCCACCUUUCCUUCAGCUCCAAUGUCUGUCAUCACAUUUGAUCUCUGCUUGAAAGUUGCAAAGGUCCCCCCCCAGUGCACUGCCAGCCCCCUCGCCCCAAGUGUGUGCGUGAGACGAUGCCAAGUAGAAUGACACUCAGUCAACGGCAGACCUCCAUCAAGGCCAAACGGGCGGAAUUUGGCCCACAUCGUCAGUAGUCAAGGUGUGGCUUCCUGAUGAUGAGUUGGUCUCGGCCAGGCGGUGGCGCCACUGCGGUCACGCUCCGCCCUCCCUCAAAGUACAGCAGUUAGGCCCCGCCUCCCAUAUGUUUGCACACCUUAGCAGCCAAGAAGGUGUCCCACGCUGUGUCCCAGCAAACGACACCACUUGGGAGUAAGAAGUGCUGCUUUCUUUUGUUUUACAAAAAAAAAAAAGGUCACACGCACUUGUUUGGAACUUACUGCAGUGUGGAUGGAUGUGUGUGUGUCUGUGUGUGUCCUACUUUGACUGUUUUGCUGUGUGGGUUUACUCAAGAUUUUUUUCCCUUUUUUGUUGACUUUGUCUUGGAAGGCCUGCACAAAGAAACCACAAUUCAUUGAGAGGAGUGUUACGGCCACACUGAAAAGAAACAUGCCAUACUAAUAAUAAAACGGACUUAUUACAAGAAUAAAGUCCUCACUUUAUUCUUGUAAUACUACAUUAUUAUUAUUAUUGAACAGUAUAACAUGACUUGUAAUAUCACACAUCACUUUUUUAUUUUCUUAGCGCCAUGACUUAUUGAAACCGCGUCCUGAUUCUUGGAACAUGACUAUUCUUAUUUUGGAAAUCCAUAGGUACAGGCCAAAUAACACAUGCUAGUGUUAUUACCAUUCAUUUUCUAGCACAUUGCCACCCUUUGCUGUUAUUCUCACAAUACAUGACUUUGUUACAUUACACUUUGUUUCUUAAUACACAAAAUAACCUCAUAAAAUGAAAAUGACAACUUUCCUCUCAGCAAUGCAAAUGUUUUUUUCCUAAUAUUCUUUAAAACACCAAGCAUUUCUUUUCCUAGCCUUAGAACAACAUUAUUACUGUUCUUUUCUAGAGAAAUAUGGGUAUUUGCGGAAUAACACUGGGUAACAGGAUUUAAUUUUUGACUGUAUUGCCACUUUUCAAGAAUAUACAGUUAUUCUCAUCAGAUUACAAGUUUUUUCCUUAAUAUGACUUCAUGACAUGGCUUUAUUCUCUGCAGCAUACUAGUAUAUUUUUGUAAAAAUACCACUUCCCAACUUACACUUUGGACUUUGUGACAUCACAUCCGAAAAAAAAUUGCGUUUUCACAUAAAUACAACUUUAUUCUCUAAAUUUACAUUUUUUCUUUUCAUUUUGGCCCGAAAACUCCUCCCUUUGUAAUUGUGUAAUUGAAGCAAAAAAUAUGCAAAUGGAUGCCUGCCCUUGCUCUUUUUUUGUUUUGUUUUUUAAAUUCCUGCCGUUAGCUGCCAUAAGCGAGAAAAACACCACUUAGCUACUUUUCUUACAAUGUGAUUCUCACUUGGGUGAUGGAGCCAACAUUGCCACAUGUUUACCACAUGUUAUGUGUUCAUUUUCUCCUGUUUUCUUGAUCAAUCAUGUAUCGGGGAAGGGCGGUGAGGUGUUUCCACGGUGAUUGGCCCGUCAAAAGAAAAUGGGCUGUUUGAACGAUUCAUCUCCUAAAGGAGAGUCAUGUACUCUUAUGUUUAGUUCCCGUGCUGUGAACCAGGCAGUGCCGCCAUCUUUAACGGGCGUUACAGCCCAACCGCAUCCGACUUGAAGGGCUUCACCAUGUUAGUUUGUCGCCGUGGUUUCGUAAAAACGGCCCCAUUUUCCUAAAACAAGAUGUCUAUUUACUCACGGGGCACCAUCCCGGAAGUCCCUCGAUGUGCCAUCCCCCUUCAUCUUCCUCCCGUGGACCACUUUAUUCCCAAAACACACACACACUGGGCGGGACUUCCUGUCUCUUUGUAGCCCCACCUCCAACCACGCCACCACAGAGCAAAAUGAAUAUAUUUGUGUUUUAUUUUUCUUGUGCAUGUCAGACUUGUUACCCUCAUACCCCCCCUCCCUCAACACCUCCCCUGAGUUCAAUCUGGAAAUGUCCGAGAGGUUUUAUUUAAUGUGGAGAGAAACAAAAAAAAAAACAA